AUGAUUGUUUUAAUGCUGAGUGGUCUGUUGAUAGCGGGUGGCGGCGGGGCACAGCUGGAAGAAAUGGAGAAUUGCGACGCAGCAGACUUGAACGUAUGUGUAGAAUUGAUCCCGCGAACUCCUGUCGGCCUGCCCAGGAACAAAAAUGAGUUGGACGCACACUGCCAGGCAUAUCAAACAGGCAUGGUAUGCAUGGACGCGUGGAUCAAACGGUGCCUGCCCACUGAUGGGCAGAAAUUACUACAGCAACAGAUUGGUGGAGCUCGUGCACUCAUGCGGUUUUUGUGCACAAACGAUACGGCUUUACGGAGAGAAUUCUUGAAGGAACCAACGUGUUGGGGCAGGGUGUCUCCCGACUGGAGCCGCUGUGUCGAUGAAUUGCAGAUCGCAGUCCGAGAAAAUACGGAACGAGCUCAACAGCUCACGUAUUUCAACAGAAAUGCUGAGUUGUGUUGUUCACGGGAUGACUUCAUUCAGUGUGUGACGCAUGCAGGACGAUCGUGUUCGAUACAGGCGAGCACGCUCCUUCGGCGCAUGGCUUGGGUACUGGCACACGACAUAGCAGCCUGCAACCAGCAGCCCCGGCAUACUGCGCGGCGCCACCCCUCCCCUAUACAGCCCCCAUUCUCACAGCCAUCUACGGAUUACUAUUUUAUCCCCCACGUUUGUAAAAUCACCAUUUAA